AUGGCGGUCUCCACAGGAGUUAUGUUUCCUCGUAAUUUUUGCUUGUUGGAAGAACUUGAAGAAGGAAAAAAAGGAGUAGGCGGUGGUACGGUUAGCUGGGGACUUCAAGACAAUGAAGAUAUGACACUUACAAGGUGGACAGGCAUGAUUAUUGGGCCACCAGGGAUGAAUUAUGAAAACAGAACAUAUAGCCUGAAAGUAGAAUGUGGACCUGAGUACCCAGAAGCUCCUCCGUCAGUUAGAUUUGUAACCAAAAUUAGUAUGAAUGGAAUAUAUAAUUCCAGUGGAAUGGUGGAUGCACGGAGCAUACCAGUGUUAGCGAAAUGACAAAAUUCAUACAGCAUUAAAGUUGUACUUCAAGAGCUAAGACAUCUAGUGAUGUCCAAAGAAAAUAUGAAGCUUCCACAGCCACCAGA